AUGAAGUUCACGAGUCUCACCAUCGGGUGCCUUGCCGCCAUUGCAAUCGCCGACUCGAUAUGCGCAGGCGAUAAAUACGAUCAAGGUUAUUGCCAAAUCACAAGCGUAGAAACCAUCGACGACGCCGACAUCACGCGCACGAUUGCAGAUUGCGAGCGGCUAUGCGAAAACAUAGCCGACCAUGACGGAGACUGGCACGUCGACCUUACGGGCACAUCUAACAAUGUCACUCUCAUUAAUAUCAAUCACUGCCGUCUCAAACUUGCCUGGAGCAUGGACCAGGACGACCUGCCCGAGUUUCGCGUUGCUAAACAGGACAUUUUGGAUCUGGUGGAUGGUGCCAUUAUCUUUGCGGAAGCGGAAGGAGUCGACUGGGUGUUCUUAAAGGGUAAUAUGACUUGCGAUGGAAAGGAUGUCAGUUGGUGGGUGGCAUAA